AUGAUCACCCCAAAUGACGAUCGCUCUUUUGGUCGUUUGAACACCUCUGAAGCUUCAACCACACCUGAGAAGGCCAUCUCAUUCAUCGAACGUGACGGUGGGGUUAUCAUCGAGAACCUCAUCUCCCACGAGCUAGCCGACCAAAUCAAGAAAGACUUAAAGCCACACUUCGAUAAAGAUAUUCCGGAUAAGUAUGGCUUCUUUCCAGCAACGACACAGCGUGCAACGGGUUUGCUCGGCAUUUCUGAUGCUUGCGUGGAGCUUGCCUGUAACCCAUUCUAUAUAAGCGUUGCGAACGCUCUCGUGUCCUCAACUUUCACAUUCUGGAGAGAUGACCACCAAGUUACUGUCAGCGGAAAGCCUAUCAUUUCUUCGACAGUCGGAUUUCGUGUGAAUCCUGGUGGUAAGCAGCAGGUGCUGCAUCGCGAUGAUAACGAUUACCACCCUACCAAUAGAGAGAUGCCAGUCAUGAUUGGCUGUGUGACGGCAUUGACGAAGACAACAAAAGAGAACGGUGCAACUAUUGCAAUUCCUGGUUCGCAUUUGUGGGGGCCAGAGCGCCGGCCAUUGAAUGAGGAGGCUAUCCCCGCAGAGCUUCAGCCUGGAGACGCAUUCAUCUUCUUGGGGAACCUCUAUCAUGCCGGCGGUUCCAAUAUCACACGAGACGAGUAUCGUGAAACGGUUGGAAUCUUUCUCUGCAAGCCAACGUUGCGCCCUGCUGAGAACCAAUUCCUCAUGGUACCACUUGAAAGAGCUAGGCAACUCAAACCACAGGCUCAGAGAUUGUUAGGCUAUGGACUCUGUGACCCUGGGGUAGGCUUCAUGAACUACCAAGAUCCAAUGAGAGUUCUCUUCGGGGUCGAAGAUGAAGAGACUGUCAACAUGUGA